AUGCCCGAUCAGUUUCAGCGCCGGGAUCAUGAUCAGGUCCAGAGCCAACUCGAUCCCUUCAGGAAGCAGGAGACAGGAAGAGGAGACGCCAUCCCUUCCGCUGAAGACCAGACCCAAAAGUCCACCAACGCCAUGCGCGAGUUGCGUCUUGAGAAGCUCGUUCUUAACAUUUGCGUCGGAGAGUCCGGAGACAGACUCACCCGUGCCGCCAAGGUUUUGGAGCAGUUGACCGGUCAGACCCCCGUCUACUCCAAGGCCCGCUACACCGUCCGUACCUUCGGUAUCCGUCGUAACGAGAAGAUCGCCGUCCACGUCACCGUCCGUGGCCCCAAGGCCGAGGAGAUUCUCGAGCGUGGCCUCAAGGUCAAGGAGUACGAGUUGAAGAAGGCUAACUUCUCCGAGACCGGCAACUUUGGUUUCGGUAUCCAGGAGCACAUCGAUUUGGGUAUCAAGUACGAUCCCUCCAUCGGUAUUUACGGUAUGGAUUUCUUCGUCUGCAUGAACCGUCCCGGUAACCGUAUCACCAAGCGUCGCCGCUGUGUUGCCAAGGUCGGUGCCAACCACCGCGUCAACAAGGAGGAGACCAUGAACUGGUUCAAGCAGCGUUACGAUGGUAUCCUUACCAACAAGAAGUAA